UCACAGGUAUGCACUUUCCCUCUACACCGCCAGUGAGUGACACUCACACGGUGAGAGAAGGCUGUGCAGUGACGCUGUGAUGGCGACCUCUCAGAAACUAACAGAACAUUUCCUGACCUGUACAAUAUGCACAGAGGUGUUUGAUAAUCCCUGUACACUUGUGUGCAAUCACAGCUUCUGUCGAAAAUGUGUCGUCAACUACACCAAAACUAGACCAGAAGCCAUCAGUGCCAAGUCCCUUGUCUGUCCAUUCUGCAACAAGAUGACGAAAGUGUCCGCUCCUGAGAGACCAGUGGAGGAGUGGGCGGAUGACGUCAAGCCAAUCUUUAUCAUCCAGGGACUCUUGGACUUGUUUGGUCCGGCAUCUAAAGAUACAGCCUCCUGCAGCUACUGUAGAGAGGAAGGGGAGACAACUCCAGCUGUUGUUUGGUGCUCGGUCUGUGAUGAGGCACUCUGUGACAAAUGUACUGGAGCUCACAACCGCAUCCCGUCGUUACGGAAACACAAAGUCAUUGACCUCUCCGGCGAGGUCAAGGUCAGAAGAAGACACAAGGUGACAUGUAAAAAGCACAAGGACGAAACUAUCAAAUAUCUGUGUAAAGAUUGUAAGAAAGCUGUUUGUCAGACAUGCUGCACUAUCUACCACAGGAAAUGUGACUCGGUCGUCACACUCGAGUCGGAAAUGAUGGCUGUGAAGACAGAGCUGGUGAAGAUCAAAGAUACAUUGUCAAGGAGAAGACACAAACGAAACACAGAGGUGCAGAAAAAGAAAUCAGUGAUGGCAGAAGAAAUACUUCAACAUUCACAGACGGAAUCCGACAUCAAGUCUGCAAGUCUGAAGGCAAUACAAAGGAUAAAACUCAAGGAACAGAAACUUCUGGAUGAACUGAGAGAGAUAUCAGACAAACACAUCGGACAACGGCAGACAUUAAGUCAGGUGAGAUGUCAGUACAGAUGUACCAACAACAGGCUGAGCUGA